AUGUCUGCCUUCCGCCCCACCACCCGCGUCCUCAACUUCUCGCGCACCGUGCUCCGCAGCCCGGCCUUCCGCCAAACCCCCCAACGCCGCCUGCAGUCCACCGCCGCCGACGCCAAUGCCUCCUCCCAGAGCGGGUUCGGCAGGUUCUGGAACAGCCCUGUCGGCCCCAAGACCGUCCACUUCUGGGCUCCCGUCAUGAAGUGGGGUCUUGUCCUUGCAGGUGUUGCCGACUUCUUCCGUCCCGCCGAGAAUCUCUCUCUGUCCCAGAACUGCGCUCUGAUGGCCACCGGUGCCAUCUGGACCCGUUGGUGCUUGAUCAUCAAGCCCAAGAACGUCUUCCUUGCUACCGUUAACUUCUUCCUCGGCUGUGUUGGUCUUGUCCAGACUUCCCGUAUCCUGAGCUGGCGCUCGUCCCAGAAGGGCCAGUCCGUGAGUGAGGAGGCCCAGCAGGCUGCUCAAGAGGAGGCAUCUACCGGCAAGAAGAUCCUCGAGGACCCUGUCGCCGCCGCUAAGGCUGCCAAGAACUAA